AUGUUGCUUGAGGGCUUCCAUAAAAUCCCAAACUCAGCAAUGAUCCCUCUGUUAGCUAUCGCCCUCUUCGGUUACGCAGGUGCUGCUGUGCAGUACUCGGACUCUUUCGCCAGGAACGUGAUGUUCCCGCUGAGCGCAGCCGCCUAUUCGGAUCAGCCCCAACUGUGUCUCGACCGACUGUUCCCCAACUCAACAUUACAACGACUGGUAACUGUGAAGUGCGACACAAGCAGAUCUGAGCUGGACAAAACGGGUUUGUGUUCCGGGUUCACUGCCGUACUGCGCAAGCAGAAGGCGAUCGCUCUCAGUUUCAGAGUGGGAACAGGGGUGACAGGACUUGUGCAGCUGCUUCAGGAGAUCAACAAAACCGUCUUCUCCAACUUGACCUCGUGGUUCUACGGAGGAAGGAUUUCGAGGUACUUCAGCGAAGCAUUCUCCAACAUUUGGUUCGAUGGAAUGGGUGAAGAUUUCCUCACUCUACGGAAGCAGUAUCCCGAGUACGAGAUCACUGGUCAUUCCCUCGGAGGUUCAUUGGCAUCCUUGGCAGCAUCGUUCUUGGUUGGAUCCGGCAUGGCUAAGCCAGGCAAAGUCAAGCUGGUGACAUUCGGCCAACCCAGAACUGGUGACCGCAACUUUUCAGAAACUAUCAACAAGUUAGACUACGCGUUCCGUGUGACUCACUGGAGAGACAUCGUUCCUCACAUUCCCAUGGGCUCACUCGGUGGAUACUUCCAUCACAGGCAAGAGGCUUUUUAUGGAGAUGAUAUGAGACCAGACAAUUUCAAGAUCUGCACAGAGGGAGAAGCCGUCGAGUGCAGUGAUGGGCUGUGGUUCACCACGAGCAUCGACGCACACACUCACUACUUUGGACACUAUGUGUCAGACUACGGGAGAAGCGGCUGCGCCAACUGA